AUGCAUGCGAGCGCCGACGGCCACACUGGCCCCGACGUCGAGCUAGGGCGCGUGGAAGGGCCGCGGGCGUUGUCGUUGGACCAGAUCAAUUGCCACCGCCACACCAGCAUGGACUCGGAUGACGACUGCCGGCCUCGAGAUAGCACGUGGCUGUACCGAUCCACUCAAGACGCGGAGAGUCUCGCCAACCUGGACGGGCUCGAUUGGGCAGAGCUCCGGGGGACGGACGUCGAUACGUCAACGAUGCCGCGCACCUUCAGCCGCACCUCCUGCGCUGCUAUCGUUCACGACUGCCCCUUGCCCAAGCUCAAGAAACACCCUUCCAAGAGCAAUGUCGUCGACGCGAUGUUGCCAAAGGCACACCCGAAACAAAUCUUCGUCCAGCAGUGGACGACAUGCGUCACCCCCGUGCCAGGUAAGGAGAUGAUCCAAAGCCACGCCGCCGCGCCGCUGAUCCCGGUCGGUUGGGUUGUCGGAAGCGUCGCGGCCGUCUCGUCCACCCUCGUUGGGGCGGCCUUAUUCCAUGCAGACGACCUGCGCUCCAGUCUGUCUCUCGAUGCGUUCCCCCGUGCGACGCUUAUCCUUGUGGUUCACGUUGCCCUUGGCGCGCUCUCAUUCGUCGGGGGGGUUGUGGGCGACCGAGCCGUCCAUCGAAUGCAUGUCGUGCGUCCAAGUGUGUGGCUGUGGUGCGUCGGCACGUUGUUCUUGACCGUCGCCGGCCAUCCCUUUGUAGCGUCGAGACGUCUUUACACAGCUGGCCUUGUGCUGGUCUUCAUCUCGUCGGGAGGACUGCUGCCGAACCUUGUCGCCACGUCGUCGCUGGGCCCCACAUUCCUCCACUGCGCCCUAGCUCAACUCUCCGCCACUUCCAUCAUCCACGGACUCUUUAAUGCGCUCGUCGCUGCUUCCACGGCCGCGUAUGUCGUUUUGGCCGUCCUGGCGGCACUGUCCACAGCCACACUUGUCGGCAUGCACAUGACCAUCUACCGUCGGUGGCUGGACCCUGCCCCAACCAACCUUGCCAGUCUCGGCGUGUAUAUCUCAGGGAUACCGCUGCUCUGGAGGGGGUACUUGGCAGGAGUAGCUGGGAUGGUCCUUGGUGGCGCCCUGUGCGCCAUGAGUCUCAUCUGUUCACACGACGACGUCCACCUAUAUGGAAAGCAGUUUGCUGUCGCCACAGGGGGCGUCGUCCUGGUCGUUCUCGGGUGGCUGUGGACGAUUUUCUGGGGCGUGGCGAUGGUGCAUCCAUCCGGGGCACUCCGAGCAUGGGCCGUGGCGCCGCCACCUCCCGCAGACCUCGUCUCGCCGGCAUCUCCCGACAAGGACUCGCUCCCUUCCGAACCAGAAGUCGCCCCCGUGAGUCCCAUGGAGUGCAUGGCGCCGACACUGGCCUUGGUGGUCUUUUCGUCGUUCGUGCGCGGUCAACUGUAUGCCAUGUAUGUCCUCCAAGCGUGCCAAUGCUCCCUCCAACUCGUGGGCGACGUCACGUACAAUCCCGAGUACACCGCCGUGGUGACGCACGUUAUCGCGCUGGCCGUGGCUCCCGGCAUCCCUCGGCUGUUUCCAAGACUGCCAAGUCGACUUGGCCUUGCCAUGCUCCUCUAUCUCAUGGCGUCGUUCAUGUCUGGAAUCGUGGAGCUCUACCGACGAAGCAGCAGUCGCUUCAGCGAUGCCGACUUGGUCGACCGUACCGGCCCUCCCACGUGCCACAAGAACCCAAGCGCGUACAGCAUUAUAUGGACAGGUCCGCAGCUGGCUCUCAUGGGGAUAUCCGAAGCAAUCGUUCAAACCACGAUGGGGUAUGUCGUGCACAGCGCAUGGCCGCCGACGUUCCAAGGGUUGGGCCAUGGGCUGUUGGCCUUGUGUAACGCCGUGGGGUACGCCACCGCACUCGGGAUGUCAAUCAUCGUGAUUCACUGGUACACGGCCCCUGCUCCAGCAGACCUCGUCCUGGUUUUCCUUCUUGUCACAUCCAUGGGAUGUGCUGUCAUUGCGUGCAUGAAGCGCUUGCUAGUGUUAGACGAGCACCACCGAAUAUGGCCCAACAUGAUGUCGUCCACCUAA